AACGCGCGAGAUGGAGAUGAAAACAAACUCGAAAAUGGCGACAGACGGAAAGAUCAAAACCAUCGUCGUUCUCGUCCAAGAGAACCGAUCCUUCGAUCACAUGCUCGGAUGGAUGAAAUCCCUCAACCCGGAGAUCGACGGCGUCACCGGAACCGAAUUCAAUCACAUCUCAGCCUCCGAUAGCUCAUCUCGUGUCGUCCGCUUCACCGGUGGCUCCCAAUACGUCGACCCCGAUCCCGGCCACUCCAUCCAAGCAAUCCACGAGCAGAUCUAUGGCGUCCCCUUCGUCGCCGGUGAGACUCCAAUCACGCCCUCGACCCCGCCUCUCAUGAAUGGAUUCGCCCAGGAAGCGGAGAAAGAGAAGGCCGGAAUGUCCUCCACGGUGAUGAGCGGCUUCGAUCCGGACUCCGUUCCGGUAUACAAAGAGCUGGUGAUGGAGUUCGGAGUCUGCGAUCGCUGGUUCGCGUCGAUGCCAGCGUCGACGCAGCCGAACAGACUGUUCGUCCACUCGGCGACAUCUCACGGCGCGACGAGCAACGACACCAACAAGCUCAUCGAAGGGUUUCCUCAGAGGACCAUCUUCGAUUCUCUCCACGACGAGGGCUUCUCCUUUGGGAUCUACUACCAAUACCCGCCAUCGACCUUGUUUUACAGAAACUUGAGGCAGCUGAAAUACAUAGGCAACUUCCACCAAUUUGAUCUUGAUUUUAAGCGCCAUUGCAAAGAAGGCAAGCUGCCAAACUACGUGGUUGUAGAACAACGCUAUUUUGAUCUCAAGAUCUUGCCUGGAAACGAUGAUCACCCUUCCCAUGAUGUCUCUGAAGGCCAGAAGUUCGUCAAAGAGGUCUAUGAGGCUCUCAGGUCCAGUCCUCAGUGGAAUGAGAUCCUCUUUGUUAUCACUUAUGAUGAGCAUGGUGGCUUUUACGAUCACAUCCCUACGCCCGUCGGUGUCCCUUCGCCGGACGACAUUGUCGGCCCAGAGCCAUUCUUCUUCAAGUUUGAUCGUCUUGGUGUUAGAGUUCCCACCAUCUUGAUCUCUCCCUGGAUUGAACCUGGCACUGUGCUUCACAGACCUUCUGGGCCAUAUUCAAAUUCAGAGUUUGAGCAUUCCUCCAUCCCUGCCACUGUGAAGAAGAUCUUCAAUCUUAAAAGCUUCUUGACAAAGCGUGAUGCUUGGGCUGGUACUUUUGAGACUGUUAUCACUCGUACCACGCCAAGAACUGAUUGCCCAGUGACACUGCCGGUGCCGGAGAAAAUGCGAAAGACUGAUGCUGCCGAGGAGGCAAACUUAUCUGAUUUCCAGAAGGAAUUGGUUCAAUUAGCAGCCACACUCAACGGUGAUCACAAAAAAGAUAUAUAUCCAAACAAACUGGUGGAGAACAUGACAGUGGCCCAAGGAGCUCAAUACUCAAAGGACUCCUUGAAAGUGUUCUGGAAUGACAAUGAAAAUGUCAAGGAUACUACUAAUGCCAAGAAGAAGAAGUCCUUUCGCCAAUAAACUGCUCAUUUGCUUCGUUUGUGGCCAGUCCUAGCUUUUUCGUGUUGUGCUAAUAAUAGCUGCCCUUCUUGGUGCGUUCAACAUGUGAAAAAAGAGUAAUGCUAUAUCAAACGAACAGGUUGUCCGAAUUUGUUUA